AUGGAAUAGAAAGAAGGAAAAGUGUGUUUAGUUGAAGUGCCUAUAGAGAAAACAUUUCUAUUUUAGGAUUAAAUUAUAAUAGAUAAAAAUCUAAGUACGUUAAGGGAUGGAUUAUCUUAUCGAUUUUCACAAAAUUUUAUCAAUCCCCAAUAAAAAAUUAUGAUAGUCUGUCCACCUACUUAUGCCUUAAAAGAAUUAGAUACCAAAAAAAAUAACAAUAAAUUAUUUGAUGGCAAAGGGUAUAUUAAAGCAAUUCCAAAGGCUGAGUAUCCUUUUUUAAUUGCACAAUAAUCAGGUAUGAGAAGUUCCAUAAUUCAAUGGAAUGGAAAAAAUUAUAGAUUAAAGGGUUGUGGAAAUGGAAAUGAUGGUUUUACAUUAAGAAAGUUUGAAGGAGAUAUUGACAAUCUAUACGAAAUAAGAGGAUGUUGUUUUGAUCAUACUGUAAAAAGAGAGCUUUUUAUGAAUAGAAAGGUUGAAUAAAUAUUAAAAAAAUACAAUAUUGAAACUGGUAAUAUUAGUAUAGGUUAUUGGUAAUAUGGAGAUAUUGAAUCAAUUAAUUAAAAUUUAGAGAAGAACUUAUAAAAUCAAAUAUCCUUAAUUCCAAAAUAUUGUGGUAUUUAUGAAACAAUUGGAGAUUUUAGACUUGGAACUCAUUUACUCUAAGGUCUUAGAUUUAUUGUAAAUUCCAAUAUUUCUAAUUGGUGCCUUGAUGAUAUUCGAAGGUUGAUUACAGUUUAAUCAAGGAUAGUAGAAAAUAGAAAGUCUUAUAAUGGGAAUUCAUGGGAUCUUAACAAUACGCAAUAUAGAGAAAGACCUGAUGGUACAAUAUUUAAAGAGGAUGAUUAUAAAAAUAAUAGAGUAUUUGAUUGGGAAAAAGAAUAAGAUAACAUUAGCAUUACAUAAAAUUUAACAGGAAAAACAAUUUUAUAAAAUAUAAGUAUACUUUAUUAGAGAAUUGGAUAUGAAAUAGGAAAAAUAAAAAGAAUAUUUAUUGAUAAUGAUAUCAAUUGGGGAUAUUUUAGAGAUCAUAGCAAAUUCUAUUAUUGUAAAUAAUUUUGUUAAUUUAUAUAUUUGAUUAAAUGUUUUUAUUUUAAAUAACUAUUUAAAUAAUAUAUGAAAAAUAUUUAAUAUUAAGAAUUCACAUUCUUGAAGAAUCUUAUGAGCUGGCAAUAUAUCAAGGUAAAUUAGGAUGAGACAGUAUUUUAAAAAAGGAGUAUCCAAAAGUAAUAUUAUCUAUAUUCCUGUUUGAUUUUUAUAUUCUAAGGUAUGAAGCAUAUUUUUUAAUAUUUUUAAAUGGAUAAAUUGAAAUCGAAAGUAUGGACUAUCAAAAGAUUAUAAUCCUGGUAAUAUAACUUUUUUUAAAAAAUAUAGGAAGCUUAUCUUUAUUUUGUAAUUGAAAAGUGAUAGAACUUACAAUUAAGUCUUUUUAUAGACAUGGAGAGCAGGGGCCAGAAGUAUUUACUAAAAUAAUAAUAAUAAUAAAUUGAAAGGAUAUUAUCAUUAAAAUUCAAUUGAAGCAAUCUUGGUUUUAGUAAAAAGCGUAUCUUAAGUGAUGUUUUAAUGCCCUUUACUCACUUUUAUUAUUAACUUACUUUAAUCUAUUUCUUUCAACAACCCUCAUAAUUAUACCACAUCCAUUCAUACUUAAAAAUGUUCUAUCUGUUUCCUGAUUCAGAAUAUAGAUUUCUACUUCUACUUAUUCAUAGAUCUUUCCCGUCUUAUUUCAAAGAUUUUUCAGAAUCUCCUCUAGGUUUUCAGUUGCCAAGAGUUCCCCUCUGAAUAGUAUUAUAUUCUCCUAUAGCCUCAAGUUCCAACUUUACAUAAUAAAUAAUCGAAAAAUAAGUUAGAAUAAAUAUCAGGAGAGAAAUUGAAAAAGAAUAAUAUUUGUUAUUAUUUUAUUUUUAUCUUUAAUUUAUGGAUACAGAAGAAAUAGGCAAAGAGGAGAUUAAAACUUUUUCAGUAAAUUUCUUACCUGUCUACCCAAUCAAUCGUUGGUCAAUUUUCUAGGGACUUUUUAAUAACUUUGAAAAUGCCCAAAUGUAUUAUGCAAAUUUAAGACACUAGGUAUUCUUGAAUGGAGUAGGAAGGAGAGUUAAAAGUCACAAGAAUAAUUUUAGUCUUGA